AUGGUCCUGAGCCAGAUGGAUGCCGGUAAAGCCUUAACAGCGGCGGCAGCCAAAGGAAACACGAACGAGGUGCAGAGGAUGCUGGACGAAUGCCGCGUACAUCCUGAUACUCCCAAUGAAUUUGGCAGGACUGCUCUACAGGUCAUGAUGAUGGGAAACCCCAAGGUUGCCAGUCUGCUGUUACAGAAAGGAGCAAACCCAAACCUCCAGGACAAGCACGGCAUCUCUCCAGCCCAUGACGCUGCUCGCACAGGGUUUCUGGACACACUGCAGGUUCUGGUGGAGCAUGGCGCUUCUGUCAACAUUGCAGACAAUAACGGAGCUUUGCCGAUACACAUUGCUCUCCGUGGAGGCCACCGAGACGUGGUGGCAUUCCUGGCGCCACUGUCUGACUUGAAGCAUGCCAACACCAGUGGGCAGACAGCAGUCGAUGUGGCCAGAGCCUCCCGCGUGCCCGACAUGGUAGAUCUGCUUUUUGCUCACAUUCACAGUUAG